CUACUAGUCAAUCUCCUCCAUUGCUUUCCAAUUACAAAAACAUUCUCUUUUUACCUCUCAAAGCUCUGGUUCCCAUCCUUCUCUCCUCUCAACAACAACAAGAACAAACCGAUAUGGCCAUGUCUGCUAUCGGAUUUGAAGGCUACGAGAAGCGCCUUGAAGUUUCUUUCUUUGAGCCUGGUCUCUUUCUUGACCCUCAAGGCAAAGGUCUCCGUGCUCUGGCCAAGUCUCAGAUCGACGAGAUCCUCCAGCCAGCUGAGUGCACCAUCGUUUCUUCUCUCUCCAACGAUCAGCUCGACUCUUAUGUUCUCUCUGAGUCCAGUCUCUUUAUCUUCCCUUACAAGAUCGUUAUCAAGACCUGCGGCACAACUAAGCUCCUCCUCUCUAUCGAGCCACUCUUGAGGUUGGCCGCUGAGCUCUCUCUUGAGGUUAAGGCUGUGAGGUACACUCGUGGAAGCUUCCUCUGUCCUGGAGGCCAGCCAUUCCCUCACCGCAACUUCUCUGAAGAAGUCUCUGUUCUCGAUGCCCACUUCGCUAAGCUGGGUUUGAGCAGUGUUGCAUAUCUCAUGGGCAACGAUGAUGAAACCAAGAAAUGGCAUGUUUACUCUGCGUCUGCCAAGAACGACAACAACAACAAGAAUGUCUACACACUCGAGAUGUGUAUGACUGGUCUGGACAAAGACAAGGCAUCUGUCUUCUACAAGAAGGAAUCAAGCUCGGCUGGUUCUAUGACUGAUAACUCUGGCAUCAGAAAGAUACUUCCUCAAUCCCAGAUCUGUGACUUUGAGUUUGAGCCCUGUGGCUACUCAAUGAACAGCAUCGAAGGUGAUGCAAUCUCCACCAUCCAUGUGACUCCAGAGGAUGGUUUCAGCUACGCUAGCUUUGAAGCAGUGGGAUACGAUUUCACAACCAUGGACUUGAGCCACCUGGUCUCGAAGGUGCUAACUUGCUUCGAGCCAAAGCAAUUCUCAGUAGCUGUCCACUCUAGCGUCGAACAGAAGGGAUAUGGCUCAGGUCUCGCUGUGGACCUAGACGAUUACGGAUGCAGAGAGUUAACAAUGGAGUCUCUAGGAGAAGAGAGAGGAGCAGUGAUGUAUCAGAGGUUUGAGAAGCUAGGAAAGUAUUGCGGUUCUCCAAGAUCUACCUUGAAAUGUGAAUGGAGCAGCAACAGUAGCUGCCACAGCGAGGACGAGAAGGAAUAAAAGGGAACUUAAUAAGCUCAAGUUUUUUAAGUUUGUUUUCUCGAAUAAUAAUGUGUUAUGGAUAAUGUUUUUUUCUUCUUAUUUCCCUAAAACCAGUGAUUGUGUCUGGUCUAUGUGAAUUCGGAUGAUGAAUAAUAUUAUAAAUUUUAUCUCUAUUAAUAUGAUGAUCAUUUUCAUGA